GGAUAUAUGUACAAUUGGUCAUAAAAACAGUAUGCUGAUGUAUAGUUCAAAAAGACCUAAAUCUGAGUUUCAUCUUUAUAGUAGUACUAAUUUAUGUCUCUUGUCCGGCAAUGAUACAGUAUCCAACUAUCAUCCACUAGCCUUCAAAAGCCAAAGAUUACGUGCCUAACAAUCGUCCACGUGCCUAGCAAUCGUCGAUUAGCAGCUGGUUUAAGGAACAUUUCCCUCUUAACCGUGGUUGGUAGGCAGUGGGUAGUGUGGGCUCCACGUCACAGUAUUUCGAUUAUCCUCCUCCCCAUGAGGGUGACUGCCUCUCCAUGGCUAUUUGAAGCCCCUUCUUCCUCGGUGCAUUGCAAUUGCAAGCAUGGGAAGGGAGAACGGAAUGGAACACGAACAGGAGCUGCCUUCAUCGUCUUCCUCCUUGGGCUACCUGAUGCAGUGCAGGAUCUGCCAUGAGGAGGAGGACGAGGUGUGCACGACCAUGGAGUCUCCAUGUGGGUGCUCUGGUUCUCUCAAGUAUGCUCACAGGGGAUGUGUGCAGAGAUGGUGUGAUGAGAAGGGGAGCACCCUCUGUGAGAUUUGCCUUCAGAAUUUCGAGCCAGGCUACACCAUGCCUCCAAAGAAAACUCCGGUGGUCGAAACGGCAGUCACCAUCAGUGAACAUGAGGACAUGCAAUAUGUGGAAUCUUCGGAGAGCUUGAUUGACGAUGCAGAUUACGGCGCGUGCUCAGAUCAAGUUGCCACAUGGUGCCGGACACUGACAAUUAUGUUCACCAUUAUGCUGUUGGUGUGGCAUCUGGUUGCAGUGGUGAUGGUUGAAGCAGCAGAUCACUGCGCGUUCAGUCUCCUGACAAUGUACUUGCUCCGUGCUGCUGGUAUCUUGCUUCCAUUCUACAUUGUCAUGCGGCUGAUUCGCAUGGUCCAGAGGGGGCAGCAGCAAUAUUGGUUGCAGAUGCUGGAGGACCAAAGAAGAAAUGCAUCAACUAUGAAUCAUAUGCAUGGCCAAGAGCAGCAGCAGCUAGUAAUGAGUAUUCAUUAAGCCAAUAAAUUUAACAAAUCAAAUAUAGAAGGUUGCACAGAUGUACAUUAUGUAUUGCCAGGGAACAAUUUUCAAAAAGAACAUCAUCUGUAAACUUUCAGUCUUGAAGUUGGACAGUGAAAGCAGCCACAUUUUGUUCAUGCAUAGUACUUUUUCCCUAAUGUACAUUGUGUAUUGCUGGGGAAUAUGUUCAAAUAGAACAUUAUUGUACAC